AUGGAAAGAUUACAAAGACUACUUGGAUCGGGAGGAGCAAUGAACGCUGGUCUUGGCGAUGUUCCUCCAACACAAGGAGAUGGGCCAUCCAUUGAUAAUGCUGAAACUGUUUACAUUUCAUCAUUAGCCUUACUUAAGAUGUUGAAACAUGGAAGAGCUGGUGUUCCUAUGGAAGUUAUGGGGUUAAUGUUGGGAGAAUUUGUUGAUGAUUUUACUAUUCAUGUUAUUGAUGUUUUCGCUAUGCCUCAAAGUGGUACUGGGGUUUCUGUUGAAGCCGUUGAUGAUGUUUUCCAAGCUAAAAUGAUGGAUAUGUUAAGACAAACAGGUCGUGAUCAAAUGGUUGUAGGAUGGUAUCACUCACAUCCUGGGUUUGGAUGUUGGUUAUCAUCUGUUGAUGUUAAUACUCAACAUUCGUUUGAGCAAUUGAACAAACGUGCUGUUGCAGUGGUUAUUGAUCCUAUACAAAGUGUUAGAGGUAAGGUUGUUAUUGAUGCCUUUAGAACCAUUGAUACCACAACUCUUAUGUUGGGACAAGAACCUAGACAAACCACAUCCAAUGUUGGUCAUUUGAAUAAACCUCCGUUACAAGCGUUAAUGCACGGAUUGAAUAGAGUGUACUAUUCAUUGAAUAUUGAUUAUCACAAGACUUCAAAUGAAACAAACAUGUUACUUAAUUUGCAUAAGAAGAAUUGGCAAUCUGGGUUGAAAAUGGUGGAUUACAAUCAUCAAGAACACGAGAACUUGGGAGAUGCACAGAAGAUGGUUAAGAUUGCUGAGCAAUAUAAUACUAGAAUCAAGGAAGAAAGAGAAUUGACUCCAGAACAGUUGAAAACAAGGUAUGUUGGUAAACAAGAUCCUAAGAAGCAUUUGUUGGAUACUGCUGAUAAGUUGAUUGAAGAGAAUAUUACACUGUUAUUAACGGGUAAUGUCAAUGCCUUGGCCAUUCAAUAG